GCGCCCCAGGAGCCGGAGCUGCCUGGAGACCAGCACGCGAACGGCCCUGCCGCCGUGGUGGGCAGAGGCGCCCCCGGAGAGGGAGCCAACGACGGCGGCAGCAACUCCAGCACUGAGGAGACCGACCACGAGGCCGAACCAGCGCAGGCCCCAGCCCCGAGCAACGGACCCACCGAAGAGUCCUGGGCAGCUCUCGGGGGCAUCGACCUCCAACAAGAGCUACGGAGAUUCGUGCCGACACUACAGAACGUGCCACGUUUCCUGCGCGCGGAGACCCGGAUGGCGUUCACCACGGCCCUGCAGAGGAUCAAGCGAGGACACGACCAGGGCAACCAAGCAACAACCCACCAAGGAUGGACACUGUUCCUCCUCGCCUCGAGGCUCCUGCUAAGCAAGCCCAAGGGUACCGACGCCGAGGGCCGACAAGAGCUCUUGGAACGCGCCCAACGGUUCCGCCAGGGCGACUGGCUGGCCCUGCUACACGAGGCCAACACCACGGCCGGCGCGCGCGCAGCGCCGAGGCCAGCCACAGAGGAGCAACAGCAGGAGAGACGCAGAGAACAGGCUUGCGCGCACGUCCGAAACGGCAACCCGUCACGGGGGAGACAGGUCUUGACCGCGGCGGCGAUUGCGCCCGGCAACGGGGAGACACUAAACAGGCUGCGGGACCCGGCCCGCCGACCGCCUACCCUGAGCCGCCGACUACCCGCCAACCUCGACCGCGCAACCGACAGAGCGAGACUCGACAAUGCCAAAUUCCUCGCUUGCCUCCGGUCCGCCAAAAAGGGCACGGCAGCAGGACCGUCGGGGGUCCGCGUUGAGCACCUCAAGCCGCUGCUGGAACACGAAGAGUCCAUGGACCUGCUUGGAUUCGCCGCCGCUGCCCUCGCGGAGGCGCGGGUGCCCUCCCCGAUUGCCCGCGCUCUAGCCCUCUGCAAGAUGACGGCGCUCCAGAAACCAGACAACGGGGACUUCCUAGUCGCUUUCUUGGACGACGUGUACAUCAAGACCACCCGGGCCAGGGCCAGAGCCGCUUUCGACACCACCACCGGAGCAAUUCACCUCCACGCAAACGUGGAUUGCCACCUUGGCAAGUGCCGGGCCUACAGCAGGGGCGGAGCGGCCUACUGGGGCGCUCGGGCAGACGCCCUACACAUGCUCCACCAACGGCGCCCCGUUGAAGCUGCAGCGAUCAGAGACCUCCUCGACGGCACCAGGCCCGGCCGUAGGGGCAACCUUGCCGCAGCCGCCGCGGCCGCACAGCUGCUAGAAACCGAAGGCUUCCGGAUACCUUCCUGGACCGACCUGCUCCAGGGGCUGCGCCCAGAAGCGCCGCCGCGCUCGGAGGCCGCCGAACCGGGGGAAUGGCAGCACGGCUGGCAGUUCCACGCUUGUUCCGCACGCAACACACACUACAGGGACAACGUGUUCAUGCCCAGCCUCACCAGGGCCAACCAGGCCAUGCUAAGGUCAGGCUCAGGACCGAGGGCCGCCUACUGGCUUCACACCUUACCCACCACCGAGGGGCGCGUGUUCAAGCCCGCGCGGUUCCUGGCAGCCCUGCGCCAGCGCCUCAGGCUCCCGCUGCCGCUCCUCCCGCACACCUGCGGGGCAGCCGGCCACCCAGGCUGCCGGGCCAGGCUGGACACGCUGGGAGACCACCUAGCCGCGUGCCCACGCACGGGGCUUCUCGCCAGACGCGCGAAACCGCUCGAACGAGCUUGGGCGAGGGUCGCCAGAGAAGCAGGAGGGAGAGUUGUCCCCCAACAGCUGCUGCGGGACACUAACGCCGUUGUCCACAACCCGCUGGACCGCAGACAAUUAGACCUAGUCGUCUACGGCAUCUCGCCGAACGGCGUCCCGCUGUGCUGCGACAGCACCAUGGUGUCCCCCCUCCGCAGGGACGGCUGGCACCGGCCGCGCACCUUCGACACCGACGGCGCCGCGCUACUUGGGGCCGAAAGGCGCAAACGACGCAGGUACCACGAACUCACGACCGGCCAUUCAGGCCGCCUCAUGGUCCUCUCCUGCGAGGUCGGAGGCAGGUGGGGCCGCGAUUCCCUCCAGCUGGUACGCCUGCUUGCCAAACAGAAGGCGCGGGCCGCGCCGGCCCUCCUCCGCCGCUCCGCGGAGCUCGCGUACACCAACCGCUGGUGGGGGUUCCUGAGCGUCGCGGCCCAGAACUCGCUCAUGGCCACCCUGACGGGCGACGGCUACCUAGCCUUGGGGGGAGCCGCCGGGGAGGGCGACCCAGACCUGGCCGAAGUGCUGCUCGCAGACUCCGCCGGCGGGCAGGGCCGGCGGGCGCUGCGGCCGCGGGCCGCCGGGCUGGGGCAGCUCUGGCGGCCUUCGCGGGCGGCCUUGCCCGGGCACGGAGCGGAGCCGGCCGGGCCAGGGCCUCGAGCGCUCCCGCGGCUUCGAGGCCGAGGCACGCAGGGCGGCUCGGCCGGGCGGGCGGCGGGCGGCGGCGGCUGGCGGCGCGAAGACCGCGCGGUGGCUGGCGGGCCCGCCGGGCCGCCUAAGGCGACCGCGGGCGUCGGCAGCCCAGCCAUGGGGCCAGCCGGAGGGAGCCAGGACUUCUUCAAUUAUGUUAUGACGGACUUCGCCUCGACAGGCGACGCCCCGCCAGGGCUGAUGGCGCCGCUGUCGGCGCUCGCGGCGCGAGCGCGGACAGCUGACCACGAUCUGACGCACUUGCCCAGCGACCCGAAGUGCGAGGUCUGCCAGCAGGCUACGAUCACCAGGGCGCCGGCUUUUCGGCGUGCGGCUGGCGACGACAAUGUCGAGAAAAAGCAAGUGGCCGCGAAGGAUGGCGAGAGGUUCCACUGCGACCUUGUCGGCCCGACGGCACCCAGCCUGCACGACGAGGUGUGCGCCAUGGUGACGCGAGAUGAUGCUACGGAUUACCCGGCCGCCCGCGGCCUUCGCACCAGGACGUCGGAGGAGACAGCGGAGAAGUUCGACGACAUGUACUCUUCCACGACCGUGAGGGCGGUUCGCACAGACAACGGCGGGGAGUUCGACGGCGAGUUUCGCGAGAUGCUGCGAGCACGCCGCGCCCGCAAUGAGCGCAGCCUCCCACGGCGUCCACAGACGAACUCUCGUGCCGAGCGUUUCCAUCGGACCCUGGCCGAGGGCACGCGGUGCUUGAUGUUGGCGUCAGGUGUGCCCUAUGCCUUCUGGGUGUUCUGCCUGACAGCGUUCGUCUUCCUGUGCGCCCGGGCGCCUUCUCCAGCAGGUGGGCCUUCACCGUGCGAGCGGCGAUCCGACAAGCUGUGCGACUUGUCCAAGGUCCGCCCGUUCGGCUCGGCGUGCUUCUUCCUCGAGGACCGCGACCGCUUGGAGAAGUUCGAGGCCCGGGGCACGCUCGGCGUCGUCCUGGGGUACGGCCAGCUGCACUCUUACUACGUCCUCGACUUCAAGCACUACCUGGAUACCGAGGGCGAGGCGAGGAUCGUGCACACGAGAGACGUGAAGUUCCCCGCGACAGUCAGGUACCCGUUCAAGGAGGCAGAGACCGAGAACCCGGAUGUGUUGUUGUGGGUCGAACGCCUCUUCCUCGACCCAGUCACGGACCUCGCGGCCACGGCUGAUGAGCCAGGUCGCUGCGGGUUGUGCGAGAAGGGGGCCACGGACGCCGACCCUACGUGUAGGGCUUGCGUGCUCGGCGGGCGGCGCCGCCAUGACAUGGCGAUGACGGCCAGCCGCCACCGCCGCCUCACCGGCCGCGAUGGAGACGAGGCGCUCUUGGUGGAGAUGGAGGUGGGCAGCAUGGAUUUGGGCUUAACUUCGACCCAGCACAAGAUGACUCUGGACUGGUACCGCCGCGAUUACGAGCUCAUGGGCUGGACCGAUGCAGAGCAGUAUGGUGUCCCGCAGCUGGAAGAUGCCACAUGGAAGGCAAGGUUCGUAUGCACAGGCAAUCAUAUUGUUGGCGCUGAUGGCCGCAAGGUUUGGCAGGUGGACAAUCUCUACGCAGCUCCCGACGAUCUUCACAAUGCUCGUUUGGUAGUUCUGCACGGCGCCGCUACGGGCAUCGUGCUCAAAGGCGACGUGAAGACAGCGUACUUACAAGCGGCUCCUGGGGGCAAUGCCACUUGGCUCAGGCUUCCAAAGCACAUGCGUCAUCACUUGCCGAAGCGUGCCAUGUCCAGGAAGGACCCAGUGGUGCGCUUGCUGAGGGCUCUUUAUGGAUUCCCGCGCUCUGGGGGCGAUUGGGGCGCGCACUUCGCGCGCGCUCUCCGGAACGCUGGCUGGAAGAGCGUCGAGGGAGAGAAAUCCUUGUGGAUAUCCCCGUGCGGCAUGUGCGUCAUGGUAAUGUACGUUGACGACCUCGUGCUGGGCGGCCCAGAGAGGCCUGCCCGGAUGCACCUCGACAAGGUGGGUCGCUUGGUGGAGCUCGGGCGGCUCGGUCCGCUCAAGCGCUUCCUUUGCACCCAGUGCGCGAUGCAGGUGAAGGGCGGCGUCGCGGUCGUUGUCUUCUCGCAUCCCGAGUACACCUCGCUCUUGAUCGAACACUUCAAGAGGCAGUUCAACAUCGGCGGCCCCUUGAAGGCGGCCGCCACUCCGACUGCAGCGGAGGACUUGGAGGCACAGUGUGGGCACGAAACUGGGCCGGGUGCAAAGCACGCCGCCAUGCACAUCGGCGGACAACUGUUCCUUGCCCGCUCAUCUCGGCCAGACAUAUUAUUCGCAGUUGGGUUCGUGUCUCGAUACGCCGCGAAGUGGAGCAACGCCGCAGCCAAGCGUCUGCGACGCAUCUUCGAGUACCCGGAGAGCACCUUGAGGUACGGCAUCCGCUGGACCAUCUACAACAAGGACGUCCAUGACAUCGGCUUGCGCGUGUUUGUCGACGCCGACCACGGCGGCUGCGAGGAGACAGCUCGCAGCACUUCUAGAUGGAACGUGUUGGCCGUCGGGCGGAACACCAGCGCAUUGAUUGAUUGGUGUUCCCGGCGCCAGGGGUCUACGGCCAAGAGCGCGCCAGAAGCAGAGGUCGUGGCAGGGGCCGACGCUUUGCAGGCGUCCUUCCCUCUCUGGGCGGCGGCCGAAGAUAUCUUUAACCGUGACAUGUUCUUCCACGCGCACGUUGACAACGAUGCAGCGCAUGUGUCCUUCACCCAGGGGUACUCUCGCAAGCUUAUAUAG